AUGGAGAACAAAAGAAUGGCCAUGUUAGUGGUGAUGAUGUUGGAUGGGAACAUGUUGAUUGAGACAGAGGCUGUUAUGUCUUUUAAAGUAUGUUACGGAGGUUGUCUUCUGGCGUGUGGUAUUUUAGCACCCAAUAUCAAAAAACUUUUCUGUCCUUUCAUGUGUAUCAAGGAUUGUAAACGUCGUGCACUCUCUGUUGAGGCGAAUCUAAAAGAGAUUAACCAGACUGAUUAUUUCUGCAACAUUGGAUGUGCUACCGAUCGUUGUGGUUCAUCCUCCUCAAUCGAAGAUAAGGAUCAUGUGGAGAAAGUUUCCGUAUGCGUGGAUUCAUGUUCAGAGACUUGCUCCCACAAGAACUAA